GGGAGGAGGGAGUGGGAUGCUGGGCGAGCUGGUGGCUGGGGCAACGGGGGGGCUCGUCCUCAUUCAGGACACCGCUGAGUGCGAGGGCCACAGCCUGCUCAAGACCUUUGUGGCAGCUUCGGCGCACAGGGGGGAAUCCGUCCACAUUUUCGGCUUCGAAAUCCCUGAGGAAGAAUUGCUGGCCGGCUUUGACCCUGACAUGACCGUGCGGCUGCUAUAUCAGGAUGGCUUCACAGACCCCCUGCGCUGGACCGGGGAGGCCGGGGGCUUCGGGGCGGAGGAGUUCACAGCGCUGGGGGUGGCGGGACGCCUGGCCCGGGGACCCGCGGGACCUGUCACCGUCGUCCUGGACUCGCUCAGCUGGCUUCUGCUGCGCCAGCCUCUGCCUGCUGUCUGCCAGACGCUGGGACGGAUCCCGAGGGCGGCUGCCAGCGCAGGCCUGCGGGUGACGAGGAUCUUGGCCUUGCUGCACGAAGACCUGCACCCCCCGGGCCUGGUGGAGACCCUCCGCUCCCUGGCCCAAGCCGUGGUGGGGGUGAGGCCGGCCCCAGAGGGCAUCGGGAGUGGGGAGGACGCCCCCCGUCUGGCCUCCAUGCUGCAGCGUAAGGGGACCGGGAAGGUCCUCACAAAGGAGGAAUAUUUCACAGUCCUGGCCGGCUUCACCCCAAAAGCCCUUGGGGAGCCCACGGGGAGUGUGCCCCGAGAUGAGGAUGCUGACCCCCACUCCACGGUGGACCCCACCGCCAACCUAACCUUCAACCUGCGGCUGUCGGACACGGAGCGCCGGGCCCGGGACGGGAUGCCACUGCCCUUCCACUUCAGCGCCCAAAAGAAGUCAUCUCUGUUGGAGGCCUCGACCAGUGGCGGGAAGAUCUACUACGAACCAGACGCUGCGGACGACCUGGACGAAGAGGAUCCGGACGAUGACCUGGACGUGUGAAAACUGAGUGGGGGGUGGGUGUGGGGCUCCCCCUGCCCCCAAAUGGACCCCUGGAUCUGUGCCUCCUGGUGGGACCUUCAGCAAGAUCUGUGACAGAGCCCGACCCCGGCAUCACUGUGUGGGGAGCUGCCCAGGAGCAUGGCUGCGUGCCCCCGCCCAGGGCGGUGUCUGUGGCCGGGAAUGGGGCCAGUGGGCUUUUGAUGGGGUUGGUAUCUGUCCGGCGAGAAGGGGGGGGCUGAGCCUUGUUCUCCCUCCCCACUGCACCCUGCCAUCCCCCCACCACUGUCCCUACCACCCCCCUGCCAUGGCAUGGGAAUAGACUUCCAUAAAGGAAGGGUGCAUGGGCACCAGCGCCCCCUAGAGGGCACAGGCCCCUGCCCCAUUCCCUGCCCCCCUGAGCCAGCCAGUCCCUGCCCUGGGGCUG